GUCGGUUCGUAAUAUUUCUUGUCGGAAAUGCCAACUGCUUACCCAAGGCGCUUGGAAAAAUAUGUCGCAGAUUGUGUGGGAGGAGAAAAUAUUGAAAUCAGGGAGCGUUCGCGUGAAAAGAUUCUUUAUUUUUGCGUUUUUUGCCACAAGGAAGAAAAACAAACAGACAAACAAAACAGCUAAAUUAAUACCUCAAUAAUAAUAAAAACAUAAUUAAACAAACUGCACGACUCGUGCGUGUAUCUUCCUUUCAAUUCACGUUUUCCCAAUAC